UGAUCAAAGGCGGCUUGGUAGCGUUGAGGCGAACUCAAUUCGUGACAAUCACCCGACCGCCCUCUCCGCGACCCCAGGAGCUAGCCGUGUCCACGGCGCAGCCAGUCCUUAAUCGGCUAGCAAACAUGCGCCGCAAGUGCAGCCCGGAUUACGGUUGUUCGAUCCCCAAUCUCCAGCUUUGUUAUUAAACUUGAGGGGACCCCGUGGUGUUACCCUUUGCUCCUCGUCCCUGCUACGUGCAAUUCCUCUUUGCCCUGCGCUCUGAUAGCACGCAUCACUUACAUAGUGUACACGCUCCACUCAUAAUCAUCAUGGACCACUCCAACGAGAAGUCCGAGGAGGACGGCCGCCGCCGCGCAUCUAUCAAUGCUACCACCGAUAUCACCAUGACUGAGGCGCCCGUUACCUGGAAGGCCUACCUGCUCUGCGCUUUUGCCUCCUUUGGUGGUAUCUUCUUCGGUUAUGAUUCCGGUUACAUCAACGGCGUCCUCAACUCCCCUCUUUUCAUCGAGGAAGUUCAGGGUCCUGUCUGUCCUCAAGGUCUUGAUACCCCCGGUGGUCUCUGCGCCAUUAGUGGCAGCAACACAUCGCUCAUUGUUUCUAUUCUCUCUGCUGGUACAUUCGUCGGUGCUCUGAUCGCUGGUGAUGUCUCCGACAUGAUGGGCCGCAAGUGGACCAUUGUCAUGGGCUGCGUUAUCUACAUCAUUGGUGUGGUUAUGCAGAUGGCUGCUAACGGCCGUGAUCUCCUUGUCGCUGGUCGUGCUAUCGCUGGUGUCGGUGUCGGUUUCGAGUCUGCCAUUGUCAUUCUCUACAUGUCCGAGAUCUGCCCCAAGAAGGUGCGCGGCGCGCUUGUGUCUGGCUACCAAUUUUGUAUUACCAUCGGGUUACUGCUUGCUGCCUGCGUCAACUACGCAGUGCAGGACCGCGGCGACACCGGUGAAUACCGCAUUCCUAUCGGUAUCCAGUUUGCUUGGGGUAUCAUCUUGGGUGUCGGUGUUGCGUGCCUGCCUGAUUCCCCUCGCUACUUCGUUAAGCGCGGCCACACAGACAAGGCCAGGGCUGCCCUCCUGAAGGUCCGAGGUGUCCACCCCACAAAGCCUGAUGCCGAGCACCUCAGGGCUAUGGUUGACUUUGAGCUUGCUGAGAUCAUUGCCAACGAGGAGUACGAGCGCGAGCUGACACCCGCUGGCGGUUGGCUCGCUGGCUGGAUGAACUGCUUCAAGGGAUCUCUCUGGCAGUCCAACUCUAACCUUCGCAAGACCAUCCUGGGUACCUCUCUUCAGAUGAUGCAGCAGUGGACUGGUGUCAACUUCAUCUUCUACUACUCCACCCCCUUCCUGCAGUCGACUGGCGCUAUCUCGAACACCUUCUUGAUCUCGCUGAUCUUCACCCUCGUCAACGUCUGCUCGACCCCGCUCUCCUUCUACGGCAUGGAGAAGUUUGGUCGCCGCACACUUCUGCUGUACGGUGCCUUCGGCAUGUUGAUCUGCCAGUUCUUGACUGCCAUCAUUGGUGUUACCCAGGGCUUCAACAACUCCUCCACCCUUGCUGAUGGCACGACUCGUGCCAACAACAUUUCGGCCGUCAACGCUCAGAUUGCGUUCAUCGCCAUCUUCAUCUUCUUCUUCGCUACCACCUGGGGUCCUGGCGCUUGGGUCCUCAUCGGCGAGGUCUUCCCUCUCACCAUCCGUUCGCGUGGUGUUGCGCUCUCCACGGCCUCCAACUGGCUCUGGAACACCAUCAUUGCCGUUAUUACUCCUUACAUGGUUGGUGUAAAAGAGGGCAACCUCCGCUCUUCCGUCUUCUUCAUCUGGGGUGGACUUUGCACUGCCGCAUUCGUCUACACUUACUUCCUCGUCCCCGAGACCAAGGGCCUGUCCCUUGAGCAGGUCGACCAGAUGAUGGCCGAGACAUCCCCCCGUACCUCCGCCGCAUGGCGCCCAACUCACACCUUCGCGGAGACCAGCCUGCAGAAGGGCGGCGCGGCCCAGACCGAGGGUGGCCAGGUCUACAUUGAUACCGAGAAGAACAAGCGCACUGCGUCUGUUCACUAAAUUGCUGUCUACAGCGCCCCCGGCUCCGUCUUGAUGACGGUACGGUGGCUUUGUGCAGUAGUCCACUCGGUCUCAGGCACACAGCGCAAGGACUCAGGCGUUGCUACCCUAUCGGUUGCGCGCAUAGGUCCCCAGUCGCGUUAAUGUUGCUAUUCAUGAGCUCAUGUAUCCCACGUCUCCCACGUAACUCACGUAUAAUCCACUUCCAUACUACCACAGUGCUCCUCUAGGACACUUGACUAGCCUAAUACUAUAAAUGAACACAUACAUUGUUCCAGAACGCUUCUGUCUGACACCCACAUGCACACCUCCCCAUUUCUCUCGUAACAUCUUGAUCAAACA